AUCCAACGCGCCAUCUCCGCAUUCGAUGGCCAUCCCCAGGUUCUCUCUCUCCGACGCGCUCUUUCUUCUCUUCUCUUCCUCGUGCUUCCUCGCCCGAGGAACGCUGGGUGACUCUUACGAUUGGCAGAGCGCGCAUGCGACGUUCUAUGGUGGCGGCGACGCCUCUGGUACAAUGGGAGGUGCUUGUGGGUAUGGCGAUCUCUACAGUCAAGGUUACGGCACGAACACCGCCGCCCUGAGCACGGCCCUUUUCAAUGACGGGCUGAGCUGCGGGUCGUGUUACGAGCUGAAGUGCGACGAUGACCCGCGGUGGUGCCUGCCGGGCUCGAUCGUGAUCACUGCCACCAACUUUUGCCCCCCAAACUACGCUCUUCCCAGCGAUGAUGGAGGGUGGUGCAAUCCUCCUCGCCCGCACUUCGACAUGGCCGAGCCGGCGUUUCUGCAAAUCGCUCAGUACCGGGCUGGGAUCGUGCCGGUAGCCUUCAGAAGGGUGCCAUGCGCGAAGAAAGGAGGCGUCAGGUUCACCAUCAAUGGCCACUCCUACUUCAACCUGGUCUUGAUCACCAACGUGGCGGGCGCCGGCGACGUAUGUGCGGUCUCCAUCAAGGGCUCCCGGACCGGGUGGCAGGUGAUGUCCCGGAACUGGGGCCAGAACUGGCAGAGCAACGCGUAUCUCGAUGGCCAAAGCCUCUCCUUCCAAGUUACCACCAGCGACGGCCGGACCAUCACCAGCUACGAUGUCGUGCCCACCGAUUGGCAGUUCGGCCAGACCUUCGAAGGAGGACAAUUUUAGCUCUUCCAUCCACUCUCACUCUCUCUCUCUCUCUCUCUCUCUCUCUUCUCCACUAUCUCCUAUACCGCCAUUGCCGAGGUUGCUUCGGUAGCACCCGCUAAGGCUCUACCGCAGACGAAUAGAUAGCCCUCUUUGGUGCUACUCCUCCUAAACAUAAUUUGCCUUAUGGAUAUUGGCUUGUGGGAAGGCCUUAUCAAGCCACAUGUAUUAAUUUGUAACUUCGUUUGCAUUCUAUGUGCAUGAAUGUUUUCUAUCUGCC